AUGGUUCUGACCACGGACAUAUUUUUGAAGGAGGACAUUCUUCAGCUUUUGAGGAAUAAAUUCAUAGUCAUUAUAGGAGACUCAAAUCAGAGAGCUAUCUACAAAGACUUAGUACUCCUGUUGCAGAAGAAUGACUUUAUCUCAGGCAGGCAGUUGAGAACCAAGGGGGAAUUUUGCUUUGAGAAUGACACGCUGAUUGAGGGUGGGAGAAAGUCGCAUAUGAAUAACGGUAAAGGCUACCGUGAGGUGCGCCAGUACCAGACGGACUGUCAUUUACUGCGGUUCUACUUUGUCACUCGCUGCUACAGUACUUACGUGGAAUCCAUUUUGUCAGAUCUUUCCGGGGAGCUGCAGCCUGAUGUGGUCAUCAUGAACUCUUGUCUGUGGGACAUCAGCAGAUAUGGCUCGAACGGGGUGGAUGAGUACAAGGAGAACCUGACCACCCUUUUUGACAGAUUUAAACAAUGUCUCUCAGAGGAUACCUUGGUGAUUUGGAACACCACCUUACCCAUCGCAAAGGAUAUAAGAGGGGGGUUUCUUGUCCCCGAAGUGGACUUCAUGAAGAAAACACUGAGAUUAGAUAUUCUGGAAGCCAACUUCUUUGCAAAGCAGGUUGUUGCUGCUCAUGGAUUUGACAUUGUUGACUUGCACUAUCAUCUACGGCACUGUCUUGACAGGAGAGCUGAUGACGGCGUACACUGGGAUAAGCGGGCACAUCGUCACAUGACUAACCUGUUACUCACUCACAUUACUGAUGCCUGGAGGGAGAAAAUGCCAGGGCGAGUCAAGUCUAAAGCCUACGUCAAUGGAAACUGCCAGCCCACAGAGACUGUGUCAAAUGUAUCUCUAUCUUCUGAAUCCACCACGAUGAUUCAGAAGACCACAAGUCUGAAGGCUAAUGUAAAUCUAAACAGCAGAAACAUACAGAAGGAAAAUGUGGACGGUGUUAGGACUUGUGCAAACACUUGCAGACCCUCAAAUGGCAACAGUAACCUGAACAGGCCAAGGAGGUCUGCUGAUCCAGCUAAGCCUUUUACAAUGGGAGAGAAGGAGCAGCUUGAGAUCUUCAGUACUUCAGAUGUUUCUAAUCACGUCUGCCGCCGGAGAUCCUAUAACAAACUCCAGGCAGAUUUAAACAAGGUUCAGAAAGAGAUUCUUGGCAUGGUCAGCACCCCACCCUCCUCUAAAGGACAGUAUACUAAGCCUGCUCUCAGGGAGACCAUACCCUACUCAAACUCUUGUCAGAACUCCCAGCACCACACCGACAACUACUACACCUAUGGUCAAAACUAUGUGAACAACCUGACCCGUGACCUGUAUCAGACCCAGUACCAGCACUCUACGUACAGCCAGUCAUGUGACCAGGGGUUCAACAACAAUUACAACAACAACCUUGUGAACAAUUACAACAACUUCCAGUGGCAGCCUUAUGCCCAAGACAAUUAUCAAAGGACCAACCAUGCGUGGAGUUCAAGGACACACUACAGACAUAACCCCCAGAACCAAAACUACUACAGGAUGUCUCACAAUUACUAGACACACUACAGACAUAACCCCCCGAACCAAAACUACUACAGGAUGUCUCACAAUUACUAGACCCUGUGACUGUCUUUCACUCUUGUUUAAAAAAUGAAAUACUAUUAUUGGCUUGCUGGAGACAAAAGUUCAAGCUCUUUCUGAGCAUAUCCUUUGUUUUCUGUAUGUAAACAUUCUAAAAAGCAUUUUUUGACUACACAACAAUCAAUUGGACCAUUUAUAAUAAAGCUCAACAAAAAGCAACUACUUGUAUCAUAAAUUAUAAAAGUAAAAUACAGUAUAGGAGUAUAAAAAUAGACGAUAUAACAGAAACUGUAAAUUCAUGCAGAUUUAAAACUUUUUGAUCAAUCAGUCCUUCUGCCACUAAAUAUAGUCCCUGCAAAAACCUUUCAAAAUUUUAAUUGCCACAAUUUUCUUCAACUAGAUAGGGUUCAGUAAUAGGUGUGUAAUAUGUUUGCACCAAUGGGAUCAGUAUUGAACCACUAAAUACUUAGUUGUAGCAUGAUCCUGUGCAGUUGUGCUCAAAUGUUAUUAAUUAUAACUAUGUUUGAAUAUGGUACAGGUAUUUAAUUUGUUUGAUUGUGUUAACAAGGUUGGUAGUGAUAAAUAUAAAAUAAAUUGAAAGUCAUGAUACAAAAUCAGGUUGGUCAUUAUGGUCGUGUGUGAUCAGCAGUGAACGUUAUCAAUGUAAGUAAUUUACACCUGUGUAUGUGAACCUCCAGGUGGGUGUAGGUGUGUACCUUCCCUGAUUAUCACCUGUUGUCAUUUUGUAAUCACAAUGGGGGAUUGCUAGGAAGGUGUUAAUUGUGGGUGAUGGUAUUCAUUUAGAAUUGACUUAAACCUUGGGGGAAAAAACCCAAAAGCAAACAUUUUAAUAUUAUCAGAUAUCAAAAAAGUCAGAUAAGGAAGUACUUAAGUCUAGAAAUAAACUUUAUAUACAUGUAUAUAUUUAGUAUAUUUGAAUGGAAAUGCUGUAGGAGGUAUCUUGUAUCUAUGCAGAUAAUGGUAAUUUAAAAAAAAAAUGUCCGUCAAGUUUUAAAGAA